AUGAGUGCUCUAAAAUACUUGUUAAUUUUUGCUAUUUUUGCUUUUUGCACAUUGACAUCUGUCGUCGGAGCACAGUCUUCUACUUCAACUUCAUCUUCUGUCAAGCCGACUUCGUCUUAUUUAUGUGGUUCAGCUGUGUUUGAUCAAUGUUACAACUUCCGAAUGACUAAUUUGAAAGCUUGCAGUCCAGCGGAUAACGCUUGUAACUGUGAUGCUCUUAACGCUCUCAUCGAUUGUUACUAUCAAUGUACCGACGCUACUAUUCAAUCAGCUCUCCCAAAUUAUGUGUCACAAAAGAAUGAUGCUUGUUCUAAAGUGCCAACAGUCAGUCAAACUUGGACUCCAACCAGUACCUCUGCCGCUGCGACCUCAGCUGUGUCUGCUGGUGGCGGAAACACUGAAAUCCCUUCAGCUAUUAGCAAGCCCAAUGGAUCAUCAUCUAUUUACAACAAUGAUCAAUAUAUAUUCGUCGAGAAAUUGCUUUUAGCAAUCACCGCUAUUGCUUUCUGUCUCGCCUUUUAA